AUGGCGGGCACGACCGUGACUCUCGUCGGCGGCCUGCUCCUCGCCUUCCUCGCUCAGAAAGUUUGGACCAUCUUUUACAACUUCUUCCUUCAUCCUUUAGCCAAGUUUCCCGGACCUCCAGAUGUUGCCACAGGAUGGUACAUGUGCUGGCAGGAAGUGUUCAAGGGGCGGAAUAGGAGUGACUUGUUGAGGGAGUUGCACGCGAAACACGGAGAUGUUGUGAGGGUUGGCCCAAAUGAGCUCCAUUUCGCCCGCCCCACCGCCUACCACGAAAUCUACAGCCCCUCCAACAAAUGGGACAAAGAAGAAACCGUCUACCACUCCUUCGGCGAAGACCGCAGCUCCUUCGGCUUCCUAACCUACCGCGAAGCAAAACAACGCAAAGACGUCCUGGCCCCCCUCUUCUCCAAAUGCGCAGCCCUCGACCUCCAAGGCCUCGUGAAGAAGAAUAUCGACCGCCUCUGCUCAGCCUUCACGGCCGAGAACGCCAAAGGCAAGAGCUCCGAUCUUCAUUUCGGCUUGAAAUGUUUCACGAUGGAUACGAUUAUGCAGUACUGCUUCGCGAAAGAUACCCACGCCACCGAAGUGCCCGAUUUCAAGGAUCCCAUGGUCGUGGCGAUGGAUGCUAGUUUGGAGGGGUUUGUGGUGUUUAGGCAUUUUGAGCUUGUGAGGAAGAUGGUGUUUGCCAUGCCCGGGUGGUUGGCGAAAUUGACGAAUCCCGUGCAAGGUGGGCGCGUGGAUUUGAUGGCCAUGAUGUGGACGCAGGUGCAGGAGGUGGUGAGGACUCCUGACACGCUGCAGAAGACGAGUCAUGAGAUUGUGUAUCAUCGCCUACUGGAUCCGGAGGCUAAUAAGGUCACUGGUGUGCCUGAGCCGGGGAGUCUGUUCGAAGAGGCGUUGGCGUUGUUCUUCGGGGCGGUGGACUCGAGUGCUAAUACCUUCGUGCUGGGGACGUAUCGGAUAUUGCAGAAUGAGGAGAUUCUGAGGAAGUUGAAAGAGGAGCUUCGCGCUGCCUGGCCAGACCCGAAAGUCAUCCCCGAUGCAGAGGAUCUAGAGAAACUGCCAUACCUUACCGCCGUCAUCAAAGAAAGCCUCCGCAUCGCCCCGAGCGUCGCAGCGCCGCUACCACGCAUCGUUCCACCUACCGGCGCAACCAUCAGCGGCAAGCAUAUUCCAGGCGGCACCAUUGUCGGGCAGAGCAUCGGUUUCGUUCACAACUCGGCGGAAGUCUUUCCAACCCCCACGCAUUUUGACCCAGACCGCUGGCUCCAACCAAACUCAGCCUUACUCGAGAAAUGGCUCGUCGCCUUCUCCAAAGGUCCCCGAGCAUGUCUGGGUCAGAAUCUAGCGAUGAGCGAGCUGUACUUUGCUUUCGCGACGCUUUUCCGACGUUUCGAUGUGAAGCUCGAUGGUACGAGGGAGGAAGAUUUGAAGUGGAGGGAUUGCUUUUUGCCGCAUUUUGGGGGCAAACAUUUGAGAGCCUUUUGCACGCCGGUCGUGAGCUGA